AUGCGGCGCCACAUGCACGUGCACGACUGCGCCAUUACUUGCUUGUCCUUCGACUCGCUUCGUGUCGUAACGGGGGCGACGGACGGCACGAUUUGUAUCUCCGGCUUGGUGAGCGGUGUCCUCCUGCAAACCCUGCGCGGCCAUCCAUGCAAAGUUCUCGACUUGCGAGUCGACCGGUUUCACCAUGUCAGCGCUUCCGAAGACGGCAGUAUUCGGCAGUGGCGGUGGCAAGCACGGGAUGGUUGCUCGCUCUGCAGCAAGCGUUACCACAUUCUGGAGCGCCACGAUUUGACGGGCGCGUGCUCUUACCGCACCAGUGUCGCAUCGAUUCGCGAGUGGAAUCGCAUCCAUGACGUGACCAAGUUGUACUUGGGCCAGCACCUGCUCGUUCAGAAAGAGGUACCCGACGAGACCGACGGGGACCGCUUGAUUUCGCCCGUCUUGGGCAAGCUUGCCCUCGAAGUCACGGCGUUCCACUGA